AUGUUGUCCCUCGUGGAAAAGCUAGACUUUGUGCCCGCCCUGCUCUCCAUCGUUCUCACCGUCGCCUGGGCCAUCAUCUCCGGUCUCUGGCGCUCGUCCGCUCAUCCACCUACCCUCCUGCUUCAUGUAGGUUACGCCGCCUUCCGCAAGGCGACUGCCCGCCUCUCGGUGGCACAGAUGCAGACGGUGCUGCCGCCCUCCAACCGCAUCUACGAGCGCUACGUGCGCCGCUCGCGCAUCGCCCCGGAGACCGUGACCCUGCCGCAUGACGCCCUGGGUCAUUGGAUUGGGUCGCGCCCUGCGUCCUCUCCUCCCUCCAGUGACACCAAAGUCCUGGUGUGGUUCCAUGGCGGCGGGUUCGCCCUGCCCGCCAACGUCGGCUACUUUCACUUCUUCGCGCGCCUGACCGCCGACGCUCGUCGCGCAGGUAAAAGCCUGGCCGUCUUCAGCCUCACCUACACGUUAGCACCCAAGGCCACGUAUCCCACGCAGCUGCGUCAGGCCGUCGAAGCAGUGCGCUACGUGCUGGACCAGGGCUACGCGCCCGCGCAGAUCCUGCUAGGCGGGGACUCCGCCGGCGGGAAUCUCGUCGGUGGCGUGCUCUCGCAUCUGGCACAUACGCAUCCCGCAAUUGCCCCGGUAGCGCUGCCCGCUGAGGCCAAGUUGGGUGGUGCCAUUAUGAUCGCACCCUGGGUGAGUAUGAAUACCGACUACACGGGCGAGGAGAUCGAUUCGCGCGGCGAUCUGAUUACCCCCGCGGUGGCGGGGCCCUGGGCCAGUGCGUAUCUGGGCACCGCCAAAAGGGACUUCUACACGGAUCUGUCUACAGCGCCGACGGACUGGUAUGCCGAAUUCCCCGUGGAGAGGGUGUUGGUGUGUGCCGGUGGCAGCGAGAUCCUGUUGCCGAUCAUUAGCGAGUUUGUGGAUAAGUUCCGGCAAGGAUUUGAGCGAGUGGAGUUCUGCGUCGGCGAGAGAGAGGGCCACGUAGCUCCCAUUUAUAAUCUGUACUUGGGAGAUCAGACGGAGACGGCGCAAGGGAAGAGCGUGAAGAGCUGGUUAAGGGAGGUUCUAUAA